UACCUUCAAUACAUGACUGACUAUGAAGCAGUUAGUCUCAAAUCUCAAUUGUGUUGACGUUGGCAAUCUGCUACAAAAUCAGAGAAAGAAACUUGUGUGAAAUCAUCGAACACCAUGCCCAACAAGAUUGCGGUUCCUUUACCACCCACCUACGUCGAGGGUUUUCACAACCUGGAUCAGGUGCUGCUGACCGAAUACCAAGGUAUUGGCAAUACCAAUCUCAUGGUGUCCAAUUUUGGUCUUGGUGGAAGCGGCUUGGCCUCGAUGUACGGGGAGGUGAGUCAGGAAACUGCCAAUGGCAUUGUGGAGAUCGCUCUGAAAGGUGGUGUGAACUAUAUCGAUACGGCCCCUUGGUACGGACAAGGAAAAUCGGAGAUGGUCUUGGGAGAGGCGUUGAAAAGCAUCCCUCGGCGAGCUUAUUAUGUAUCCACAAAGGUUGGACGCUAUGAAAUGGAGGUGACCAAACAAUUUGACUUUACCAGGAAAAAGAUCCGUGAGUCCGUGGAAAAAAGCAUGGCUUUACUAGGUCUUGAUUAUUUGGACCUGGUUCAGAUUCAUGACGUCGAAUUUUGUCAUUCCCUGGACCAAAUUGUUCAGCAUAGUAUUCCUGAACUGAUAGAGCUGAAGAAAGAGGGCAAAAUCAAACACAUUGGUAUAACGGGUUAUUCCAUCCGAGUCAUGAAGAGAAUCGUUGAGCAAGUAGAACCAGGAACCAUUGACACCAUACUUAGUUAUUGCCACUACAACUUGUUCAACCAAGAUUUAUUGGACUUUAAGGAGUUCUUCACCAACAAUGGAAUCGGUAUCAUCAACGCAUCUCCAGUUGGAAUGGGCCUUUUAAGCCCAGAGGAUCCACCCAAAUGGCACGGGGCCUUCAAACAAUUGAGGACAGCCUGCUCUGAUGCUGCCAAAUAUUGCCAUGCCAAGGGUUUCAAUCUUAGCUCUUUGGCUGUGAAAUGGUGCCUUCGCCAGAAAGAGUUUCCCACCACCCUCAGCAGUGUGACCAGCCAAAAGAUGAUGGAGGAAAAUCUCAAGUUGGCCCAGAAUCACCUCACUCCUGAAGAGAGUGAGAUGAUUGCCGAUGUUCAAACCAAAUUUUUCAAGCCACUAGUGAUCAACAAUUGGGAAAAUGUGGAUGUGAAUUCGUAUUGGACUGCCAUGGAAAAGAAAGGCUCCUGCCAACCUUCUGAUUUAAAGUGAGAUAUGAGGCAGAUUGACGGAUUGAGUGGAGUGAGACGUGGUCAAGAUGGCGAUCUUUUGUUCGGAGCUCGUAAAUAUUCAUAUUGCCUUUACAAGCUGGCCGCAAAGAGGCAAGUGAAUUCAUAAUGCCUCCAUCUCAGCCACGGUCUUUGACUAUUCAGACUAACUGAAUAUUUAACUCCUUUCAAUCUCCACGCCUCAACCUUUCCUGUUCCACCACAUUUCCAUCCAACGUACAACUUUGUCAGACUCAUUUUGACUUGAGAAAAUAAGCCUAAAGCGAUGAAGAUGGACCCAGUGUAUGUUUGUAUCAAAACCAAAUGACUUCAUAUAUAUUUUAUCUUCAAUAAAACUUGCCUUUCGUUGA